AUGUCAUCAAAGCGACCCCGUGGUCCAAUUCUUGACGACUUCGUCAAACAAGCAAAAAAUGGCACGCCUUCAAAAGAAGCAACAGCCUUAACCGAUAUCAACGGAGUAUUACCUAACUUAUCUGCUGAUCAUGUCCGAAUCUCACCAUCAUUUGAAAGACUUGAAGACUUAUCGGUAGAUAAAUUGUAUGAUUUUUUACUUGGUCAAGAUCAAAAUCUGAAACCAUUAGCAGUAAAAUUUAAAAAUGAUCGAGUUUCCGGCAUUGAUUUGAUGAAUUUUGGAGACGAUGAUUAUCAAAAUUUUUCUGUUACCUACAAACAAAAAAACCAGCUAAAACUUCUUAUUAAACAAAAACAACUGGGUUCAACUUCUAAUUUGACUGUCUCAACUCGCAACGAGCUCGAUCUGUCACUAAUGCAAAAUGAACUAAAUCAUUCUAAUGAUACUGUACAAAAUCAAAAGGAACAGAUUCAACAAAAAAAUAUAAUUAUUAAAAGAUAUGAAGAUACUGUUGAAAAACUAAAUCAAGAAAUAGAAGGACAAAAUUCAACAAUAAAACAAUUACAAACGACCAUUCAAAAACAAAGUCUACAAAUUUUAGCCUUGAUGGAUCUAACGAAUCAACAGCUGAGUCAAACUAAUACUUCUUCUUCAGGUCCCCCUCCUAAAAAUUCUUUUACAGAACAAUCAUCAACUGUCAAAGACCAAUUAACAAAUAUAUCUGCUGAUAUUCAACUAAUUCCAAUUUUAUCACCUGGUUCAUCAGCUCAAGUUGUUCCCAUAAUUCAGCCAGAAGCUCCAACAGCCAUUCGUUUAAACAAAAGUAAACCGCAUGUUCCAGCACGUAUGACAUCUCUUCCAACUUCAUCUGAAGGCCCUAACUCAUCAGUUGUUAAAUUUCCAACUGUUUAUCAUCCACAACGAGAAAUUCUUGUUAUAAAACCAGUUAUGGAAGAUCCAUAUAACAUAAGUAAUUAUGGAACAUAUAGAGUAAAAAUAUUUUCUGAAGAUUCACAACAUAUUCUGGUUGAAACAUUGGUAAAUCUUGUUCCUCAAAUAGAAGUAUGUGUUCCAAAACAAUUCGAAGUGCGUGAUUCAAUUCAUAAUUUGAUAGUGGGUGGAAUUGUUACAUUAAAACGUGUAGGAGAAAGUGUAGUGGCUUUCGCCGGUGAAACAGAUCAAACUGGUACGGUUACUUUACCAGAUAACCUUGCCGAUGGUUCUUAUGAAGUUGAAAUUUAUUCGCCAAAUAAUUCUAAACUUCAACGCCUAAAAUUCUUCAUGGUGAUUUUUCAAAAUCGAAGACAAGGCACAGCAAAGCCAUUUAUUGGACGAGGUGAUCUCAAUCCAAAUGAAAUAGAAAUUGUACUUCGAUGGGCUGCAGUGCCUAGAGAUUUAGAUUCUCAUCUAUAUUCAUCUGACGGUAGGCAUAUCCAUUAUCGAAAUAAAAUUGAUGGAAAUAUGUCAUUGGAUUGGGAUGUAACAACCGGAAAUGGUCCCGAAACUGUUAAAUUUACUAUUCAACCAAAUUUGAAAUAUAUUUAUGCAGUGCAUUGUUAUUCGUCAGAACCUAUGCUCACUCGGUCGAAAGGAGAACUUACAUUCAAUAUCGACGCAACAACUACGCAAAUAAAUAAAUUCGGAAAGCAAAAUAAGUUAACCAAUGGUGAAAUUCAUAAGAUUCCAGAGUUAACACGUCCUCAAGCUAGAUUCUGGGUUGUAUGUAUGGUUGAUGGUUCAACAAAACAAAUUCAUUUUUUUGAAAAUGUGUUUGAAGAUCAUAAUAAUUACCAAACAAACGAAAUUGGUCUAAAAUAUUUUGCAGCAUAA